GUUUUCGAAAUUUCUGGAAGAGCAGCAAGUUUGUUUGUAAAGCGCAAUUCGCACGUGUGUGUUUUUAAUUAGCGCGUGUGUGCGGCCGCGCGCGCGCUCGCGUGAGUGAUGCGCUGAGCGCUCUCCAGCAGUGCGCGUCUCCUCCGCUCGCGUCCAGGUGUCACAUUCCUCGGAUGCUUCUGAUCAUUUGAACCCGGGACCGAAUCACCAUGACGGACCCCUCCUCUGCUGCUGACCCCACGGCUGGUCCGGUAGACCCCGGUCCCGCUUCCGUUCCGGAUCCAGCGGUGUUGGAUUCAGCAUCGACUCCUGCAAACGGACACCAUCCGAACCAAGCAGACAUGGAGCAGCAGAUGAAAAUAGGAGAGCCGGAGGACAACGGUCUUCUGGAGAGCAGCAUGCGGCUGAAACCCCACGAGGCUCAGAGUUACAGAAAAAAGGCAUUAUGGGUAUCGUGGGUCUCCAUUGGGAUAACGACGAUCUUAGCCAUCGCUGCGUUCACUGUUUCUAUAAUGCGGCAUAGUGCAUCAGCAUUUGGGUUUGCUUUUGACGCCACUCUGGACGUCCUGUCCUCCAUGAUCGUGCUUUGGCGAUACAGUAACGCAGCGGCCGUCCAUUCAGCACACAGAGAAUACAUAGCGUGUGUCAUCCUCGGGGUCGUGUUCAUCUUGUCGGCCAUCACUAUCCUGGUGAAAGCGAUCCAUGAUCUCGCCACAAAGCUGGAACCAGAAGUGGAUGACUUCCUGUACAGUGUCUCAGUUAUCAGCGGGAUUGUGUGCGCCAUUCUGUCCGUCUUUAAGUUCAUGCUGGGGAAAGUCCUCACCAGCAGGGCCCUCAUCACCGACGGUUUCAACUCUCUAGUCGGAGCCGUCAUGGGAUUCUCCAUCCUUAUCAGCGCCGAGGUUUUCAAACACGAACCUAAGGUCUGGUACUUGGACGGGACAAUCGGGAUUCUGAUCGGACUGAUCAUUCUCGCCUACGGAGUCAAGCUGUUAAAGGACAUGGUGCCCCGUGUCAGGCAGACGAGACAUUACGAACGCUUCGAAUAGCGAUUCUGAUUCUGGACGACUCAACACACACACAAACAAUCCUGUGGAGAUUCUCCUGAGUGGAAAACACAACACACACACACACACACACUUUACCUGCCUCAGGGCAAACGCAGCCACAAACUUCCCCUGUAAAUAUGGAUUUGAAAGGGAAAACGGAGAAUUAAAUAUAUAAAAUGUGUAUUAUCGUAUCGUUUGAGCUGGCAGUGAGCUGUAGGGCAGAAUUAAGACAUGUCUCAGAAUGUAUAUCAUCUGAUUUAUAAAACCCAGAUUCAUUGCAUUCAUUGUGUCUAAACAAGAUGUAUGGGUAUCUGUAUAACUGGUGAAAGACGUUUUUAGAUAUGAUUUGCACAGGUUAUUAGAAACAUAUGUAACAUCCUCAAAUGUUCAGGUUAGGAGGGAAGAGGUUUAUCAGGUAAACUUAACACAGAUUGUUAUUUUUUGUCUAGUUUGUAUAAAUUUUUAUUUUAGUAGUUCUUUAGUUUGUUGCGUCUGUGAAAACCUGUAAAAAUUUUUACAUGAACAAUGAAUAGACUAAAAGUUGUCUAACAUCCUAAUUUUUGAAAUUUCAAUAAAAUUACACAGUGGAAAAGCCAAAUAUAUGAUAUCAAAACAAGUAUACAUCACUCUGAAAGGAUACAAAUUGACAUUAUGCCAAAAUAAUUUUGCUAAAAUGUCAAAUUGAUAAACAGAAGAGGUGCUCAAACUUCAUUUUCGCAGAUAUAAUGUGACUCAAAGUUGUUUUCUUCACUGGGAACUUGUUAAAACUUUAAUUUGUUCCUUUUUUCCUUGUUAAAAUGUGCCAUUGUCUACAUGAACUUUAAAGUAUAAUAUUAUUCAACAAACAGGGCAUUUUCAUAUCUAAUUACUGUACUAUAGUAACAUACUCGAAACACAAUUCACACAAACUUUCAGUACUUAAAGAGCACUAGUCUAUCUUUAAACUGCUUCAUUUGCUAAACAUAAAUAAUGUAAUUAUGUAAUUUCAUCUCUAGCAUUCCACUGAAACAGUAAAGCUCUGUGAAGUUCAUUUGUUUAUAGCUUGAUCCAGCCUUGCGUAGAGCUUUUGGUGAACCUUGUAACGUUACUUAUUAAAUGGCACAUGAACGUUACUCGCACAGUAACAAAGCCUUAAAACUUGACCCUUCAUGAUGUGAAAUUAUAUGUUCUGAAGUAUUAGACUGUUGUAAUAUUUGCCACGAAAUUUGGCUGUUUAAAUAUGUAUUUGGGAAAGCCGAGUUUUCGAGCAUUUUAUGUAGCAGAUAUAUCGUAGCUCCGUGGAGCACAUGGAAGUAACGGUUACGUUACAACCAGUUUAAUCGCGUAUGUGCUAUUCAGUGGCAGUUCGUAGUUCGAUUGUCGGUGAAAAGCAACGUUUGUGCUUUUGGAGAAGUGUAUGUUAUGACUUAUGCUGUUUUUCAGGUGUGUGGUCGAAUUCACCGCUCUGUUCGUUAUUGACAUGUUAAAUACCUUCAGCCCUCUUCAGAGGGACUAGACACAAGCACACGCCCCUGCAAAUGGGAUUUUCGUUUGCACAGUUUCUUAAACCACACUUAGACGUGUGCUUAGGACUCACAGAAGGAGUUCGCCCCAAAAUGUCAAUUUGCUGAAUAUUUACUCACCCUCAGGCCACCCAAGACGUAGUUUGUUUCUCCAUCAGAACAGGUUUGGAGUCCAAACAGCUGAAUAAAAACAUCACAAUCAUCUAGGAGUAAUCCACAUGACUCCAGUCCAUCAAUUAACGCCUUGAGAAAUAAAAAGCUGUGUGUUUUUAACAUGCGAGUCCAUCAUUAAAGUGUUUUAACUUCAAAUCGUCACGAGUAACUUAAGGGUUAGCGAUAUUGCCUCUAUAAGUCACGAAAACUUAUCGUUUGGAUGCGUUUUUAAGCAUUGUGGUUUUUAAAAAAGCCGUUGAAACGCAAUCAGCACAGAAAGCGACCGUUACUGGACGCUGACAGAGGCGCGCGCACGUGAAGAUGGUGUUUAUUGAGCGCGGGAGUUUUUAAGUUAUUUUUGCCGCUUUAUGGGCUUUGAACGGUUAAACGGUUAAACUCGUAAACACAGUAGGUUAGGUCUUAAGUGAAAGGAAACAGCUGAGAAACAAAACACAUGUGUAACAGUAUAUUAGAUCCGGGCAGGCCUUAAAGGGACAGCAGUCUAAAUAUUCCCGCUGCCUGUCAUUCAUGUUAAUCAAACAACAAAAGAAAGAACAUUUCUCACUGCUCUUCGUACUAUUUAUAAGACAUUUGAACAUUCCACUCUAUCUAAUAUUUCUAACCUAUUUAGCUGAUUGGCUGCUUUGGCUGGUCUUCCAGGCUGAUUUUAAAGUGGUUUUGGCACCUUUAUUGCUAGUCAGGCUGGUCUUAGCUGUUCAAGCUGGGAGACCAACCAAGUGUAAACCAGCUACCUUCAUCUUAGACCAGCUAAGACUAGACAACCAGCCCAUGUUGGUUUUGGCUUUUUUAAUGAAUUAACUUGUUUUAGAUGUUUUUAGCUGGUUUUAACUGGAUCUUUAGCUGGCAUUUUGUUACAUCAGCUAGUUUUACCUGGUUUAUGGCUGGAUUUUUUUUUUUGGCUAAUCAUGUUAAAACCAUCUAGCAACAUGCUAAUCAUGCAAGAAACAUGCUAGUAACUUGCUAAUCAUGCUAGCAACAUGUUAGUAACUUGCUAAUCAUACUAGAAACAAGCUAGUAACUUUCUAAUCAUGCUAAUAACUUGUUAAUCAUGGAAGGGACAUGCAAGUAACUUGCAAAUCAUGCUAGCAACAUGCUAGUAACAUGCUUAUCAUUCUGUCAGUCUUUUUGUUAAAUUAGCUGGUUUUAGCUGGCUAGAAACAUGCUAGUAACUUGCUAAUCAUGCUAACAACAUGCUAGUAACUUGCUAAUCAUGCUGUCAACAUGCUAGUAACUUGCUAAUUAUGGUAACAACAUACUUAUAGCUGUUUUCCUAACCAUUUUGUAGCUGGUUUUAACUGGUUUUACCUGGCUUUUUAUUAAAUCAGCUGGGUUUAGCUGGUUUUAACUGGUUUCUAGCUGUGUUUUACUGAAUCAGCUGGUUUAACCUGGUUUUUAGCUGGAUUUUUUUGGCUAAUCAUGCUAGUAACUUGUUAAUAAUGGUAGCAACAAGCUAGCAACAUGUUUAUUAUUCUAGAAACACGCUAGUUACUUGCUAAUCAUGCUAGUAACUUGUUAAUUAUGCUAGAAACAUGCUAGUAACUUGCUAAUCCCUCUAGCAACUUGCGAAUAACUUGCUCAUCAUGCUAGCAACAUGCUAGUAACAUAUUUAUCAUGCUAGAAACAUGUUAGGAACAUGCUAGUCAUACUAGAAACACCCUGGCAUCAUAGCAACCGCAUAGCAAUGCCCUAGCAACCACCCCAAGUACCCUAGCAUCUUUUUUGUAUGUUUUUCUGACAGACUGUAUUGCCUUCAAAACAUUUCAACUUUAAUCUUUAAAACCAUAUUACAUUUCAAACUACUUCCAAAUGAAAACCUUCAAACUUCAAGCUUUUAAAACUUUUAAAACUGGAGAGGUGUGGAUUACUUGUGGAUUAUUGUGAUGUUUUUAUCAACUGUUUGGACUCUUAUUCUGACGGCACCCAUGCACUGACGGCAGUGAUUAAGUGAUAUAAUGCUAAAUUUUUCCAAAUCUGUUCUGGUGAAGAAACAAACUCAUCUACAUCUUGAAUGGCCUGAGGGAGAGUACAUUUCAAGCAAAUAUCCACUUUUUGAGUGAACUACUCCAUUAAACAGAGGCUUAAAAAGGACCAUCAUUUGGU